CCUCUAUUUCUGCAUCACUCCGACACAAGCAGCUACAUAUCAAGUCGGCAGUGCUUUUCUUUCUUCGGACCCUCUCCUCUUUUUUAUACACUAGCACAUUUACCAUGUUGAUCAAAGUAAAGACUUUAACCGGAAAAGAGAUUGAAAUUGAUAUUGAACCCAAUGACAAGAUCUCUCGUAUUAAAGAACGCGUCGAAGAAAAAGAAGGCAUUCCUCCUCCGCAGCAACGUUUGAUUUUCGGUGGAAAGCAAAUGGCUGACGAGAUGACAGCUAGCGAAUACUCGAUUACGGGUGGUUCCGUGCUCCAUUUAGUGCUGGCUUUGCGUGGUGGUUGUGCUUAAAUAAACGAAUCAAGCUUAUUAGAAGAAGGAAGGAUAUUGUCGCUGCAGUUCGUUUCUUUCCCCUUUCACAUCCACGCCCUUUGUGUGUCCGUAUUCUACAAUCACUUACUAUAUCAUCAUUACACACACACACGUUCACUCACUCAUGGACAAUCGCUCAUUAUCACACGCGCGUACAUCGCUAUACUUUCUUUUCUCGCGUACCAUACAUAAAACUUUUUCUCCUUAUUUUUUAUAUUCUAAUAGCGAGCUAACACAUAUGAGAACAGUGGGGUUGUGAGUUGUUUA